AUGGCUUAUAAUGGCUACAACGGCUUCAACGAUGAUGUUAUGGACGGGGUCGAGGCUUCUGGUCCAAAGGUCACCGUGAGAGAAGUCGAGCCCGACCGCUGCGAUUUUGUCCUGCAGUCAUGCUCUCUUGCCCUUGCCAACUCCCUGCGCCGAGCCAUGCUCGCCGAAAUUCCGACCAUCUCGAUCGACCUUGUCGACAUUACUACGAAUUCCUCAGUUCUUCCCGACGAAUAUCUUGCACACAGGCUGGGUCUCGUGCCUCUGAUGAGUAAGGGUGUGGACGAAAACCUGAACUUUGGCAGAGACUGUGAUCGCUGCGAUGACCACUGCGAAUACUGCUCGGUUGUCCUUCGCCUCCACGUCCGAUGUUCUCAAGCUGGCACGAUGCUGGUACAUGCGAACGACCUCAUCGUCGCGAAUCCCCGUCAAGAUGGUAUUGGCCGGCCAGUGAUCCGUGAUGUUAAUGGCAACGGACCCCUCAUCGCCAAAUUGAGACAGGGGCAAGAAAUUCACUUGGAAUGUAUCGCAAAGAAGGGUAUUGCAAAGGAGCACGCGAAAUGGGCACCCACUUCGGCAGUGGGCUUCGAGUACGACCCGAACAAUAAGCUGCGCCACGUCGACUACUGGUAUGAGACCGACGCAAAAGAAGAAUGGCCAGUGGACGAACGUAACGCCACGUGGGAGGGAGAUGAGUCGGCUGCCGACGCUACCUUUGAUCCUGAUGCGGUUCCGAGCGCGUUCUUCUUCGAUGUCGAAGGCAUCGGCACCCUCGAACCAGACGACAUCGUCCGCGGCGGAAUUGAAGUGAUCCAGAAAAAGCUCGCAGAGACCAUCAAGGUCCUGGGAGGCGCCGAGGCCGCUGGUGUUGACAAUAUGAAUGGGCUCCAAAGUCCCGAUGCCUACGAGCCGGCUCCUCCAAGUGGAGCAUUCGGUUCAUACGGUGGCCUCAGAGGCGGCACGACACCUUAUGGUGUGACUCCUUACGGCAACGGUGGUUACGGAUCCUACUAG